AUGCUUGUCUGGCGGCGACGAAAACAGCAGUCACUGGAUCACCGCAAUAUAUGUUGCUUACAAACGGCGACGCACUGUGGGCCAAUCGACCUGGGCAUCCUACCAGCCCAGUGGCUGCCGGCCUACAUUAUCGGAUACUCAAAGCAGGCCGCCCACGAAAUUUCCACCCUGCAGCUCAUAGAAAAUCGUCGUCGGUUGCUGCGUGUCGCCUAA